ACCCUGUUUUGUCGUCACUGGUGUAAUGGCUGCGUCCGCGUGUUGGGCAUGUGUGUGAGGAGCUGUGCUUGGACACGAGCAGCGUAUUAAACAGGAGGAGAGGAUUAAUACUAUAAAAUAAAGAUGAAGACCAAAAUGUUGUCAAAGAAGCGGCCUGGAUCUGGCAAAAAAAGAGGGAUCCUUGUAAAGGGCCAAUGGAAGACUGUUAAGAUAGAUCCCAGCAUUUUUGCUGAUGAGGCCAUGGGAGAAGUCGUUGUCUUCGAAGAACUGACAGAUUAUUCAUUGGUUGAAUCUAAUAAGACAGUUGCUGUGUCCAAGUUGCUACAGGAGUCUGUAGGGAAAAAGAAAAGAAAGAGCAACAAGAGAACAGCCAGAGAAAUAGAGGAUGAAGAAGGACUUUUGAAUGAAGAAUUUGCAGAGCAGUCAUCUGAUGAUGAUGAUGAUGUUGAAAAACUGGAUAUUGUAGAGAAACCAGCUAAAAAGCGGAAAAAGAAAAAGAAGAAAACCAAGGGGAACACAGUAGCGGGUAUAGAGAGUCAAGACACUUCAGAAGGUUUGUCCAAUCUGACCAAAGAAGGAGAAGAUCAAACACAAGAACAAUCUGAAGGAAGUUGUUCAGUUACAAUAUUGACGUCUGGAAAAAAGAAGAAAACAAAGAAACAGAAAUCCGCCACAGAACAAGCCAUGUCGUCUUCACAAGUGAUUGAAACUGAUGCCCAAGUGAACCCUGUUGGCAAGUCUAAAAGAAAAGGCAAGAACUGGACAGAUGCUGCCCUCUCAAACUCAGCAGCUCAGGAUUCAGACGUAUCUGCAUGGAAAGACCUGUUUGUACCUGAACUUGUUUUAAAGGCACUAAGUAAACUUGGAUUCUCUGCACCGACACCAAUUCAAGCUCUUGCUCUUCCUCCUGCCAUUCGAGAUCAUAUGGAUAUUCUGGGUGCAGCAGAAACAGGAAGUGGGAAGACAUUGUCAUUUGGAAUUCCAAUGAUUCACAGGAUAUUAGAGUGGAAGAAAUCUGUCCAUGCUAAGAAUGCAGGUUUAUCCACUGGGAAGAGCACAGAGUCUGGAUUAGACCAGGCAGAUGAGGAGAUGCCAGACAUUGAAACAGACUCCAUAGCACAGGAGGAUGGUAAAAAAGAUGAAGAUGAGGGGAUAAUAUUGGAGGCAGCAGAAGAUGGAGAGGAGAUGGCUGGUGAGGAGGAAGAUGAUGAUGAAGAAGAACAGCAGAGUCGAGACGAUGGCUUGGCAACUAAUGAUGAAGGUGUAUUGGACAUUGAAACAAAGGGGACGGAGAAACAAGACAGCGAGAAAAGGCCUCUGCUUGGACUUGUUCUCACUCCUACUAGAGAAUUAGCAGUUCAAGUCCAGCAUCACAUUGAUGCUGUGGCACAGUUCACAGGUAUAAAAACUGCUAUUCUUGUGGGAGGCAUGGCACCACAGAAACAAGACCGGGUGUUAAAGCGCAGACCGGAGAUUGUAAUAGCAACACCAGGUCGUCUGUGGGAGAUGAUUCAGGACAGGCACCCUCAUUUGCGUAAUCUGAGGCAGCUCAGGUGUCUGGUCAUUGAUGAAGCUGACCGCAUGGUGGAGAAAGGCCAUUUUGCUGAGCUUGAGAAAUUGCUGGAAAUGCUCAGCACAUCCCAGUUCAACCCAAAGAGGCAGACCUUUGUGUUCUCCGCCACGCUGACUAUGGUCCACAGUUUACCUUCCCGCCUGGCACGGAAGAAAGGAAAACAGCUGGAGCAGCGCAGCAAGCUGGAGCUCCUCAUGGAAAAAGUGGGAAUCAAAAACAAGCCUAAAAUCAUCGAUCUCAGCCGCAAGGAGGCCACAGUAGAGACGCUGACUGAGACCAAAAUCCACUGUGAGAAGGAAGAGAAAGAUUUCUAUCUCUACUACUUUCUUCUGCAGUACCCUGGCCGCACAAUGGUGUUUGCCAACAGCAUUGACUGCAUAAAGAGGCUUACGUCGCUGUUGACUAUUUUGGACUGCAACCCACUACCACUGCAUGCCAACAUGCACCAGAAACAGAGGCUGAAAAAUCUGGAGAGAUUUGCAGAGAGGGAGAGUUGUGUCCUCCUUACCACGGAUGUUGCUGCUCGAGGGCUUGACAUUCCAGAUGUUCAGCAUGUCCUUCACUAUCAGGUUCCACGGACAUCUGAGACUUACGUCCAUCGUAGUGGACGUACAGCUCGUGCUGCUAAAGAGGGUCUCAGUUUGCUUCUGAUUGGGCCAGAUGAUAUGAUCAACUUUAAGAAGAUCUACAAGACUCUGGGGAAAGACGAGGAUCUUCCAGUGUUUCCUAUUCAGAACAAAUGCAUGGCUGCAAUUAAGGAACGGGUUAACGUAGCCAGGGGCAUUGAGAAAAUUGAAUACCACAACAGCCGAGCAAAGCAGCACAAUUCAUGGUUGAGGCAAGCAGCAGAGGAAAUGGAUAUAGACGUAGAUGAUGAUUUGCUUAUGGGAGGUGGAAGAGAUGAGAGAGAGGACCGGGACCAACAGAAGCUAGUGAAAGGCAUGAAGAAACACCUGAAGCACCUGCUCAGCCAACCAGUCUUCAAACCCCACAUGCAGACAAAAUACCCGACUCAGAUGGGCAGGCUGCAGCUGCCAGAGUUACCCCUGGCCAGUGAAACAGCAUUAAGCAGUUUGACCAAUCAACAGCGUAAACAAAAACAGCAGCAAAAGCGUAAACUGUAACAUUUGGAAUAUUAAACAGAAUUGGAUAUAUGGGAUUUGUGUAAAAAUGUCAAAGAAAGUUUUUGUCCUGUGUAUAGAAAAUGCCAUUAAGCAAACAAUUUUCCUACUGUUUUGAAAACUGUUUUGUGUAUCUAAUUUAUUUAUUUUUUUUACCGAAGUGGUGGUGGUCCAAGCCCUAUUUUCAGUGCUCUCUAUGCUUAUAGAGAAUGUCAUAGUGAGAGGUCUUGUAGAGAAGGUAUAUGGAACAUUCAGACCCCUCUGGAAUGGUGUGGUACACAAGGUGGCCAUCACUGCUGUCCAUAGAUAUGAUACACAAACUAAUGUCCAGUGCCUCAGACAAAGCCAGAAUUUCCACAUGGUCACACUCCAUCGCCAUGGCUUCUACUUCCUAAGAAAUCAAAAGAGUAACUGUACAGGUCAGUGCUGCAAAGCAUGGAAAGACCUGGCUUCUAUGCAUGCUCUUUAUAACAUGGGUCUCACAUCUUAUCCACAAUAAAUGGGUGGAGGUGCGGGUUUUAAUUCCAAUCAAACAUACCUGAUUCCAUCUGUUCUAUCACCUAAUCUCAGCCUUUAAACUGGCUUCCUCGUAAAGGAUGUGCUUCUGCUUGCUUGGAAUUAAAACCGGCAGCCACUACAGCUCUUUAAGAUUGGUGACUCUGGCUUUAAUACAUGAUAAAAUAAAUACUGACCUGAGUACAAUAAGCUUUAAGGUUAGGGGCUUCCAAAAAGUGUUGGAAGAAAUCUGCAUGGUUCUGCAAGUGUGCGGAGGUGAGGAGUCUCAAAUACUUCACCAUGCUGUCUGAGGUAGUGUGAUCAUUGAAAAACCCCAGAAGAGUCUCUUCACAGUCAUCUGCUUCAAGCUGAUCUAGGACCCUGAGAAACUUAAAACAGAGCCAAACAUUUAGUUAAUACUUCUGCUGUCAACAUAAAAAACAUGCACACAUUUCCUUUCCAGGUUGUUAAAGGUGGAACAUGGAGCUAGUGUUAAUUUCCUACAGUAAAGCUCUAAAUUCUUUCUCUCUCUACCAAAAAUAACAUUUUAAUGAUCAUCACAGAAUAGUUUUGUAAUUAAAACAAUUUAAGUGAUUAACACCACAAAUAGAAAAUAAUGUAAUUUUUUCCAAUUAUACUUAAAUGUUCAUUAUUAAAAAGCUCAAUUUUAAAAGGAGAAAUCUAGUGUUAAAUGGGUACAAAUGUCUGUCAAAUAGACCACCUUCGUUCAGAAUGAAUUCAGAGGAAAUGCAUUAAUUCAAACUGUGUCAAAAAUAUUUGUAAUACUUAUGCAUUUCCACUGAAUUAAUUUUGCAAUCUGUGCUCCUUAGUCAACAUAUCAUGACUUGAUUUUAAUUUGAUUUGGUGGCACCCGAAGAACUGCCUUAAAGUACCGUGUGUAUACACAUUGUUUUUAAUAAAGUACCUGUGCACCUGUUUA